GCGCUUUGCAGCACAUCGGUGGGGGUGUUUGUGUGCAUCGCGCGUUUACCGUACUAUAAAAAGGCAAAGCAUAUCAGCCAAAGGUGUUCAUUUAUUCAUUAUCAGUUAGUAAGUAACGAGUAGUUCGUGUUAGUAGCUGUAGUGGCCUCGGGUCCAGAUUUCAGAAAAAAAACCAUAACCACAAUGCGGCUAAGAUUGGUGAUCCUUGCGGCAUUUAUGCUUCUGUUCCUGCUCGUCGAAUCUGCCGCUGCCGGCAAACGGCGGAAAAUCAUCAUCCACGUACCGGUCAAAGUGAAGCAGCAGAAGCAUGUGCACACGGAAGUGAAAACCGUGCACCACCACCACAAACCGACCGUGAUCAAGGAGGAGAAGAUCGUGAAGAAGGAGGUGCACAAGCCGGUCGUGAUCAAGGAGGAGGUGGAGCACGAACAUUUCCACCAUCACUACAAACACGACCAUCCAACGUUCGAGAUCGAUGGGCACGAUGCGAACGGGCUCGGCUCAAGCCUAAUCAGCUAGGCGCUGCAAGCACACCGACGGAAGCUAUUACGAUAGAAGAUGGAACGAAGAAGAGGAAGGAUAGGGAAAACAAUUUGCAAAAACGGAACCACCAAAAUACAAAUGGACGAUAAAAUAGAAAACAUAAACGAAGGAAGCAAAACGAACAAAAAAAAA